AUGGAUGAUCAUAGCACUGACUAUGAGAUGGACGACCAUUACACCGAUGGCGAAGAAGAUGAAGUGCAGUAUGUUUAUCCAGAUGGAGAAGAAGAAGAUAGUGAUGAUGACGGGCUAGGAGAUGACUAUGAUGGAGAGGGAGAUGGGAUGUUUCAUAGCCUUGAUGAAGAUGAGGAUCAUGAAGGAGUAGAAGACGAUAUAGAUGAAGAAAUAGAUGGAGAUGGCUUUGAUGUUGAAGGUGCCAUACCGGCUGCUUUCGGAGGAAGAAGGGUCCGAGUGGCAACUCAGCCAGCGAUGAAUUUACAGGAACUUUUGGGAACUUUAUCUCAACACAUGGGUCAAGCACAACAAAAUAGACGUAAUACCACCAAUGCAGGGGAUACAUCUACACCACCAGCAAAUGCAACCUUUUCUGAUUUCAUCAGUAUGUUCAGUAGCCGUAUGGCGAGGGAAGGAGGAACAGGAUCCAGAAACUCUAGAAUGGUAAAACUGGUGGAAAAUAUUGCCAAUGCUUCAGAAGAUAGUUAUAUUGCCAUGGAAAGUUUGAGAGAGAUAUCAGAGAAUCUUUUGAUGACAAAUCAGCUACUGUUAGACAGAAUUAUACCGAUGGAUGAGCUACUUGUUGCUGUGAUUGAUAUAUUAAAAGAUCCAAUGCUAUCACAAGAAUCUGAACUUCAAGUACAGGCCUGUAGAUGUCUACACAACCUUUAUGAGGUCAAUAUUGAUAGCAUGUCUUCAUCGGUUGAUCAAAAUAUCAUUCAGAUAUUACAAGAUAAGCUACAGCAAAUUGAUUUUAUUGACCUUGCAGAACAGGUUUUAGAGACAUUAGAAUACCUAUCGCGGAUUCAAGGAAAAGAUAUUUGCCGAAACGGUGAAAUGAGUAUAUACAUCAGAUACUAUGAUUUUUUUACUGUUCAUGCUCAAAGAAAAGCGGUAUACAUAGUCACUAAUGCACUAACUAAUGCUAUUGAAGCUGACUUUGUAAACAUUAAGGAGGUGUUUCCUUCAUUAACUCAAAUAUUCAUGAACACCAAUGAUUCAAAUGUUAUAAGUCAUAUUCUGAACGCUUAUACUGGUGUUUGUAGAAAUAUUAAAAAUUCUGAUCAACUAGUUUCACUGUUUUUGCCUAGUCUUUUUGAUAAAAUCCUACAAAUUCUAUCCAAUGUUGACAGCCAACUUGAAGAUAAAUUGAAAUGCAUAAAUAUCAUGACCUUGUUAGUAUCUCAGUGCCUGGAUCUUAAGAGACACUUUUUAAGAAGAGAGGAGCCCGUUCAAGACAUUAUGCUUUGCCUAAACGUUUAUGCUAAGAAUAACUCUACAAAGAUUAAUGACAAGCUUAUGUUUGUUCCAAAGAAGUUGCUUCUUAGUGUCACUAGAUUUAUAACAGCUCUACUUCCUUCUGAAGAAGAUAGUUUACUCUCCAAUAAUGUUUUAACAGAGGUAGAAAUAGACGGAAGCAACAUAUAUCUGGACAGAAUAUUUAAGGACUUGACACCUUUGCUAAUAGAGCUCUACGGAAAUACAACCGAUUUUGAGAUGAAGGAAUAUGUUCUUGUUUGUAUGGCAAGAAUAUCAACUCAUACAAAACAAACAGAUGUUCAAAAGUUGUGUAAACAUCUCCUUCCAUGUUUAGCUUCUAUUUUGUCACAUAUUCAAAACAAUGAUCUAUUAGCUACUUCAUUGGACAAUAUAAUAAGCGAUAAGCAAAUGGAACAAUGGAUCUUAUGCACGGCUACAUUAAGCAUAUUGAGGAUAUUACUCAACAAAUUUGGUGAUGUUGUUGCAAAUUCAAUGAAAAGAGAAGGCAUAAAUAUUAUGAUAAAUUCAAUAUCUGAGAAAGUGAAAGAAUUUACAGGUCUUAACUUACGUUCAAUUGAAUUGAAACAUGUAUCACACGACAACAACGAAGAUGAGAGUAGUGAUAGUGAUAGCGCAAAUAAUGAAGACAACUACGAUAUUUCUGUUCCCGACUACGUAAAACCUAAAGCGAUCAAGUUUAACCUUUUGUCUUAUCCAUCACCAGAAAAAACACUCAAAUACUUGGAACUAUAUUGCGACGAACUUACUGAUAUUGCACCGUUAUAUAGAACCAAUUCAAAUGAAGAGUUAGAUUCCAUCAAACAAACAAUCAAUUUUAUGGCAGAUAUUGAAGUUGAAACAUUUGAUGCUGAAAAAUGUGAUAAAUUGUGGAGAAUGCUCUAUUCAAAUAUUUUUGGAAACGAUGAAGAACUAUCCGGAUUUGAAAUGAUUUCAACAGGGUUGGGAAAAGCAGUUGCUACACUUUUAGAGCAGUUAAGUAACAAUUACCAGAUUAGAAAAUCAUUUGAAAAAAUUUUCAGCUCCAAAGCCAUUAACCUUGUGACUUUACUACAAAGUACACUCAAUAGGGUUGAGAAUUUCCCUAUUAUUGAUAGUGGCAUCUCUGGCGAGAGUGGUGUUUCAUUAUUAACCAAAUUACUCAAGCUAGAAUUGGUAAUAGAUGAGAAUUUAGAGGAAUUAGGUUUACCCAAGAAUUUGGAAACUACAAACGUACAAAUUCAUUGUAUUGCAACAUAUACAAACUUAAAGGAUUUUAUAAAACAGAGAUUUUUAAAAGUUCAAUUUCUUGAUAACCUACUUCCAAAUUCUUCAAUAAGGAAUAACGAAUCUAAUCCGAAUAGUGCGGAUGCAUUAGAUUCUUUACUAAAGGAAAAAAACAUGGAGUUUUACUUUGAAGAUUAUCAAAUUGAUUCAAACGACACCAUUUUUGGAGGGUUACUAAAGGCUUAUGAAAAACUUGAUAAAUCUAUCAGAGAUGUAUGGCAAAAGUCCCAAAGAAUAAAGGUAAAGUUUGUCUCCAAAUCUGACAAAUUUGAAGAAACACAGGGGGACGAAAAAGAAAGUAUUAGCAGAAUGAAGUCUUCAACUCCCGCGGACCAUGACGACCCAGCACUUGAUAUACUCAAAAUAUUAAAGUUCCUGCACAACUGUUCAAUAAGUGCCGAAAAUUUUGUGAACACAAAAUUAAGCUCUAAACUAGCCAGACAAUUGGACGAACCUUUGAUUGUUUUAAGUAUUCGUCUACCCGAAUGGGCUACUCUGCUAACUAAAGAAUUCUCCUUUUUAUUUCCUUUUGAAACUAGAAUGUUUGCUCUUCAGUGCAUUUCUUUUGAUCAAGGUAGAUUAAUCCAAUUAUGGAAGUCCAGAGUUGAUUCUUCAAGCAAAAUUAACACUGACGAGCAAUUAGAACACUUGGGUAGAGUUGUUAGACAUAAACUGAGAAUCCCUAGAAAAGACAUGUUCUCAACUGGUGUCAAGGUUCUGAAGAGGUUUGGUGGUGAUUCUACAGUUAUGGAAGUUGAGUAUAUUGAUGAGGUUGGAACUGGCCUUGGACCAACGCUGGAAUUUUAUGCUAUCAUAUCAAAAGAAUUUGCUCGCAAGUCAUUGAACAUGUGGCACUGCCUAGAUGAUAACAUGAAGCACGUUGCUGACGGUACUCCAAAUGAUAAUACAAUGUCUGAGGUUUACGUGCUAAACCCACUAUUUCCAGCACCAAUGAUACCCGAAGAAAAAAAAAGAGAUGAAGUUUUAGAUUUAUUCAAUCAAUUGGGUGUAUUUGUUGCUCGUUCGCUGUAUGAUAAUAGAAUUCUGGAUUUCCGUUUCAACCCUGUAUUUUUUAUGUUAUGCCAUGCAAUUACCAAAAAUGAAGGUCUAAGCACAUUGACGUUGGAUUCAGAUCAAGUAUACCAGCAAUUGUCAAUAUUAGCCAACAUAGACUCCCAAUUGGCAGCUUCUUUGAGGUACAUAUACAACAACAGAACAAAUACUCCUUUAAUAAAAUCUCUGUCACUUACGUUUACGUUACCGGGGUAUAACUUCGAAUUAGUUGAACAUGGUAAUGAUCAUGCUGUUGAUGAUUUGACGUCUGUUGAAAAAUAUAUUUCAUUGGUAUUAGAUAUGUUUCUGGGCACUGGUAUUGCUCCACAGUUGAAUAGUUUUAUUGAUGGAUUUUCGAGGCUAUUUCCUUACAAAAAUAUGCUUUUAUUUUCCCCGAAUGAAAUAGCUGAUCUGUUUGGAAGGGUCGAAGAAGACUGGUCACCAGAGACAUUAUUCACUUAUUUAGUUGCUGAUCAUGGCUAUACCAUGGAUUCCCCAACUAUAAGGGAUUUAAUAUCCAUUAUAUCAACUUUUGACAAUCAAGAAAAGCGUAUGUUCCUGCAAUUUUUAACGGGCUCUCCUAAACUACCUUUGGGUGGAUUCAAAUCUUUGAAGCCUAAAUUAACGGUUGUUUUAAAACAUGCAGAAGAUGGUCUACAACCGGACGAUUACUUACCCAGUGUUAUGACAUGUGCAAACUACUUAAAACUUCCAAAAUACUCAAGUAGAGAAGUUAUGAGACAACAAAUCUUGACAGCAAUGACUGAAGGUGCAGAUUCAUUCCAAUUAUCAUAA